ACUCAGCAAUCCCACUAUCUGUGUUCAUUACUGUAGAUCUUUCCUUUACAGGUCUGAAGCGAAGAAUGAUAAUGGAAAGGAUCUUGCUGAGAGCAAUGCUUCUAUCAAAUUGCUUCAGCCUCUUCUCCAGUUUCACUCGCCAUUACCACUUCUUCAGUGAACCUUUGACUUGGAAUGAAGCUCAGACUUUCUGCAGACAGAAAUACACAGACCUGGCCACCAUAGAAAACUCUGAAGAACAUAACUUGCUUUAUAAAACGCUUCAAUCUGCUGGUUACAGCUCUGACGUCUGGAUUGGUUUGUACAGUGAAAUCGACUGGAAGUGGUCGGAUGGGUAUACUGGAGCUGGUGCUGAUUACAGGCACUGGAGAAGUGCAUACAAUGAACCAGAAUUUUAUCAGGCAAGUCAAUUGUGUGUAAGUUCUUGGAAAGAUGGAAAUUGGUAUGAUGAUGACUGUGCACUAAAGCGCCAAUUUAUCUGUAACACCGGGACACCAGAGGAACCUCAAUUCACUCAUCAAAACGAAAACAUGAACUGGUCUAGUGCUCAAAGGUUCUGCCGGGAAAACUUUAUUGACCUUGCAACUGUAAGGACUAAUGCAGAAAAUAAUAUGUUAGCGACAGCAAUACCUUCUGACUAUGCAUGGAUCGGUCUGUUUAGAGACCCAAACUUUUUUUGGUCCGAUCAAAGCAGCUUCCUGUUUAGUGCCUGGGACUCUGUCAAUAAUCCAAUCGGCUCAAAGACAGUGAUAUGUGGUGCUACAUCUUCUGGGAGAUCUGGAAAAUGGAAAUUUUUAUCAUGUGAACAAAGAUUGCCGUUUGUCUGCUACAGUCCCCAUGUUUUCAAAAAGGUAGUUAAGCUGAGACUGAAGGCAGAGGACUCCGUGAAUCUGAAUGACCCUGUUCUGAAAGAGAAAAUCCUGAAAAAGCUUCAAGACAGACUCCAGGAGAGAGGAAUGAAUGCCACCCUAAAGUGGAGCAAGGAUCUCAAUAGAGAAACUGUCAAGAAGGAGCUGUAAACUUAGAUCUGAAUUAUAAUCCCAGAUGCUUCUAGAAUUGUUUCUUUUAAAUAUGGUAUAAAUAACAAUGUUAGAGCACGGCAGCAGUAUGCACUGCUGUUUUUGUCUUUGUUAUUAAACUCAUGAGUUCAAACUUUGCUGCAGUUCAUAUAUUUCACUCAGGCAUACCAUUGUAUCUACCUUACCAAUAAUAUACUGAUUUCUGUUUAUGCUAUAAUAAAGUCCUAAACCCUCAAA